AUGAAGCUUUCUUUGCUAGUUUCUCUUAUGCUUUUGUUCCUCUUUCUAACCAAAGCUCAAGGUAUUCGCUUGGACAAAGGAUCGUUAGCAGCUCAUCAAAAUAAACAUGAUGAAGAAAGAAAUUUGUUGAAAAGAAAUAAUAGUAAUGAUACCGAUGAGGAAACAGUUGUUUGCAAAGAUGAACAUUGCACAGGAAAGAUAAAGAAUAGGAAACUUUUUACAUCAUCGGCUUCUGCCCUACAUGCCAUUUCAAAGAAUGUGACGACCAAAGGGAAUGAUAAAGCUAAAGGAAAAGUACAGGAAUUUAAAUUAAAUAAGCAACAAGAAGAGGAUGUUCAUGAAGACCUUAUGGACAUAACUGACAUGGACUAUUCUCCAGCAAGGAGAAAGACUCCCAUACACAACUGACUCUUGGGAUCAACAACAACUAUAACAGACAGUUUUGAAUUUAGUAUAAAUAAAAUAAUUGCAGACAUGUUAUUGGAGACAGCAUUACUGAAAUUUUGCAGUUUUUUAUGCUUUCAAAAGAAUGGUAAUGUAAUGUAUUAUAGUUUUAUUAUCUUUUUUCCACAUAUAUAGCAAAGUUAAGGGAUAAUAAAUAUAGGAUAUAUAUGAAGUACCAAACAUAUCAGAUACGUCAACCAGAAAACAACGUAACAAAGGAAAUGAUUAAAGAGAAAAGCUAGAA